GUCAGGACGUGGCUCUCCCGCACGCUUACCGGACUCCAGCAGAUGAGCGGGUCGGUGUCCGGAUCCUCCACCAAAGUCCAAAGUUUGCGCCCACGUGGUUAGCGGUCCCUGCAGCAUGUCUACAUCGCGGUCUGGAGUCACAGAAGACGCUGUGAUGGAAACGAAAGAGAAAAGUGGCAAAAAAAGAGUUGUCGAAGAGGAUGACGAUCAGCUGUCCCUCUUCAAAAUCGACAAAGAUGGAUUCCCUAAAAAGUUGGAAAAAGAAGAUAAUGAUGACGACUUGUCUGACAGUGAAGAGAGUGUGUUUUCAGGGUUGGAAGACUCUGGAAGUGACAGUGAUGAUGAUGAUGCUGAUGAUGAUGAUGAUGACGACGACGAUGGUACAGUAGAGGAGACAAAGGACACUGAUGAGGAAUCUCUUGAUAAAGAUAAUGACGAAGAAGCCACUAACUUUGAAACAUCAACAGAACAGCCCUUCAGUGAAACGAGAGAAGCCAAACUCCAGGGUGAAAACGCGUCCGAUGGAGGAAAGGGUGCGAGGAAGGCAAGGGCUUCGCGAGCAAGAGGAACGGAGAGCGGAAAGUUGGAGCAAGCCCCCGAGCUGGGGGGGCAGUCCAGCGGGCCCCCCCCUCAGGGGGAUGAGUAUGAGCAGGACACUUCAGAUGAGGAGGACAUCCGCAACACGGUGGGGAACAUCCCCAUGGAGUGGUACCAGGACUACCCUCACAUCGGGUAUGACCUGGACGGGAAGAAGAUCUACAAGCCCAUCAGGAACAAGGACGAGCUGGACGAGUUCUUGGACAAGAUGGAGAAUCCGGAUUACUGGCGCACGGUCCACGACAAGAUGACCGGCGCAGACAUCCGGCUCUCAGACGAGCAGGUGUCCCUCGUACACCGUCUGCAGAGGGGAAACUUUGGGGACGCGAGCUUCAGCGAGUACGAGCCCUAUGUAGACUUCUUCUCCAGCGAGACGAUGAUCCACCCGGUGACCAACAGGCCGGCAGAUAAGAGAAGCUUCAUCCCGUCGCUGAUCGAGAAGGAGAAGGUGUCCAGGCUGGUUCACGCCAUUAAGAUGGGUUGGAUCAAGCCCCGGCAGCCCAAGGAGAGUGGCCUGCAGCUCUAUGACCUGUGGGCCAAGGAGGACCCCAACAGCAUCCUGGGCCGACACAAGAUGCAUGUUCCAGCACCCAAGAUCAAGCUGCCGGGCCAUGAGGAGUCCUACAACCCACCUCCGGAGUACCUGCUUACGGAGGAGGAGAAACUGGCAUGGGAGCAGCAGGACCCCGAGGAGCAGAAGCUGAACUUUCUCCCGCAGAAGUUUGCCUGCCUCCGCACCGUGCCCGCCUACUCUCGGUUCAUCCACGAGCGCUUCGAACGCUGCCUUGACCUCUACCUCUGCCCCCGUCAGCGCAAGAUGAGGGUCAACGUCGAUCCGGAGGACCUUAUCCCAAAACUACCGAAGCCCAGGGACCUUCAGCCGUUCCCCACGGUGCAGUCACUGGUAUACAGAGGCCAUUCUAACCUGGUACGCUGCAUUAGCGUGUCUCCCGGUGGCCAGUGGCUAGCUUCUGGCUCUGAUGACUGCACUGUGCGGCUCUGGGAGAUAUGCACGGGCCGCUGCAUGAAGACCAUAGAGGUUGGGGGAGCAGUGAAGAGCAUCGCUUGGAACCCUAACCCAGCCAUCUGCCUGGUUGCCCUUUCCUUCAACCAGACGGUGUUGUUGCUGAAUCCCGGAUUGGGAGACAAGCUGGUGUGCAGCACGACGGACCAGCUCAUCGCCUCCUACGUGGAGCCUGAGGAGGAGAAGGAGCAGUCCGUGCAGUGGCAGCUUCCUGAGGACCAGGAUGUAGAGAAAGGUGUCCGUCUCAUCAUCAACCAUCCCAAGUCUGUCCGGCAGUUGACCUGGCACAGCAAGGGUGACUACCUGGCCACUGUCAUGCCAGACAACAGCAACACGCAGGUUCUGAUCCACCAAAUAACCAAGCGACGAUCUCAGAACCCCUUCCGCAAGAACAAAGGCCUGGUCCAGUGCGUGUCCUUCCACCCCAUCCGGCCCUACUUCUUCGUGGCCACGCAGCGGUACAUUCGCAUCUACAACCUCAUCAAGCAGGAGCUCAUGAAGAAGCUUUCGGCCAACUGCAAGUGGAUCUCCAGCAUGGCCAUUCACCCAGCAGGCGACAACGUGAUCUGCGGCAGUUAUGACAGCCGGCUGGCAUGGUUUGACUUAGACCUCUCCACAAAGCCGUACAAAGUCCUUCGGCACCAUAAGAAGGCCCUGAGAGGGGUGGCGUUCCACAAGACCUACCCUCUCUUCGCCUCCGCCUCGGAUGAUGGCAGCGUGAUCGUCUGCCACGGCAUGGUGUACAACGAUCUGCUCCAGAACCCCCUCAUCGUCCCGGUGAAGGUGCUCAAGGGCCAUACGAUCACACAGGACCUGGGCGUUCUGGAUGUGGCCUUCCACCCGUCCCAGCCAUGGGUCUUCUCCUCCGGAGCCGAUCACACCGUUCGCCUCUUCACCUAGACCAGGUCCUCUUCUUCACCCACCCACCGUGUCCUUGGGGCCCAGAGGCCUGAUUAAAAUGUUGCAACAGAAGUUCCUCUUUAUGCCAUCCCCCCCCCCCCCCCCCCCCGGUCCCAGAAGAGCAGAAAAAUCCAUAUAAUUGAUUCCUGGUCCUAAUACGAGUGCAUCGGCACAGUCGGAGAGCGUUCAGGAGCUGUCGGCCAUUUCUCCGCCAGCCUGCCCCUGCGUCGCCGCAGACGAGAGGCAUGUGCUGAACCGGGCUCUCGGACUUAGCUAUGAAAAAUGUGAGGUUCACAGUAAGUCUUGCCAAUAGAAACAGCUACAGAGAGCAAAACUGAACUUGUCCUAAAUGACUGCUGUCCAGCAAAUGGAUGUACUUGUUCCCCUCUUUAAUUUGAAAAGGAAGAGGCCUCAAUUAGCAGGCUUGGGGUCACUGAUAGGAUUCGGCUGAUGAUGGAUUGUUUUUAACCCUGGAGUUUAAGCAUUUUUUUUCUUUAAUGGAAUUUUUUUUUUAUUAAACUCUCUUCCAUAAA